AACAUGGGCGCUGGAAAAGACGAAGACAAAGCUGCGCAAAGGAUUAAGGGUGAGACUGUGAGAGACGAACCGCUAAAUUACAUAUAGAUAUUGCUUCAAACUCCAACAUAUCAUAUUUACAAGGUUGAAGAACACACACCUGCGUAUAUAAUAUCAUGGCUAGGUCAUUGUCUAAUUUACUUGUCAGAGGUGUUACUGGUCUACAUGCCGCACAUUCUUUGAGAACAGUGGUGUCGGGAUCUUUAUACCAGCAUGGCAUGAGAUAUUCAACUACAGAUGAUUCAGGAAGUCAUGAAGAUUUCAGACCUACAACCAAAGUUGUGAAUUCUGGCCUUUCCACAAAGGACAUUGUUGAGCAGGAUGUCAAGGAAAACCCAGUGAUGAUUUAUAUGAAAGGGAUUCCUGAGGCUCCUCAAUGCGGAUUCAGCUCACUGGCAGUUAGAGUGCUGAAACAAUACAAUGUUCCUUUAAGUGCCAGAAACAUUUUGGAAGAUCUUGAAUUGAAGAAUGCUGUAAAAGCCUUCAGCCAUUGGCCUACAUUUCCACAGAUAUUUAUUAAGGGGGAGUUUAUUGGAGGAUCAGAUAUUAUUCUCAACAUGCAUCAGUCUGGGGAGCUGAAGGAAAAGCUCAAGGAUAUUUCUGUUGACAAUUAAGAGUCAGGUGAAAGCUAUUACAACUGACGAUAAGAGUCUAGGGGGCACUUGGGAUCUGCUGCUCGCCACGCUAUGUGGGCUCUCUAGGGGGGGGGGGGGGUGCAUGGAUCUUUUAUAAUUUCCUUUUCAUAUUUGUCCACCUUAUUUGGCAGCACUCUAUUGUAAGAGAAGUGAUUUCUUAAAAGUUCACAGAACUCAAUAAAUAGACUUGGGCUGCUUAGAUUUUCUUUUAUAAAAGGCUAAAAGCAUUAAGCAUGGUUAUGUUCAA